AUGGUUUCCAUGACUUCUCUUCCGUCCCUCCGUGUCGUGUCUCACAGGGAAGUGCCUCCCGAGGUCUACUCUCUGCUGGACGACGUUCCUCAGUCCGAGAAGUGGUGGGAGGCCGUGGAGCUGCAGACGGUGCUGCUGGCGAGCAACGGCCUCGAUCACAUCUUAGGGAUCGGCCUGUUUAUUCCCCCUAUCCCCUCCAUCCCCUCAGGCGGUGGAGUUACAGAAGGUGCUGCUGGCGCGCAACAGCCUGACCCACAUCUCAGAGGAGAUCGGCCGCCUGCCCUGCCUCACGCUCGUGGAGCUCAAGAGCCUGCUGGCGAGCCCCAAAAAUUGGAGCUCAAGAGUCUGCUGGCGAGUCACAACAAGCUGGAGUGCCUGCCAGAGGAGAUCGGCGGUGCAGUGAACCUGGUCAAGCUGGACAUCUCCCACAACGUGCUGGAAGGUCUGCCUGCUGCCCUUGCCGCCUGUACACUCCUAGCCCACCUCGAGGCCUGCUCCAAUCGCAUAGCUUCCCUUCCAGCCUCCUUGGGUGCCUGCACUGCUCUCUCUCAUCUCAAUCUUGAGAACAACCAGCUGCAGAGCAUCCCCUCGCCUCUGCUCUCCUCACUCCGCAAUCUAAGGCAUCUCGACCUUGGGCGCAACCAGCUGCAGGCUUUCCCGGACGACAUAGGGGGCCUCUCGUCCCUACUCCACCUCAAUGCCUCCCAGAACCGUCUUGUUUCUGUUCCAUCCACCAUUGGCGGCUGCACCUCCCUGCUGGAGCUACACCUAGGACCCGAAACCCUAAACUCCCACACCCCCGUUUCCCCUUCACCCAAUUCCCCAUUCAUCGUUUCCCUUUCACCCCCGUUUCCCAUUCACCCCACUUUCUCCGUCUCCCCACUUCCCCCUUCUCCUUCACCCCCCUUCCCUUCCACUCUCGUUUCCUCUUCACCCCCGAUUCCCUUUCACCCCACUUUCCCCUUCUCCCCCCUUUCCCCUUCUCCCCCUUUCUCCUUCUCCCCUUUUCCCUUUCACUCCCCUUCCCUUUCACCCCCGUUUCCCCUUGACCCCCGUUUCCCUUUCACCCCACUUUACCGUUCUCCCCCUUUUCUCGAAUGCCGCAACAAGCUGAAGCAGCUGCCAGCCGAAAUCGGCCACCUGCGCUCCCUUGUGACGCUCUCUGUGCCUUCCAAUAAGCUGGAGGACCUCCCUCCGUCGCUGCGCCGCCUGAGCAUUCAGGCUAUUGAUGUCUCCGACAAUGACCUCCCCACCCUGCCUGCCUGGCUCGCUCAUCACCUCAUCACCUCAUCACCUCUUCCCCUCAUCCCCUCAUCCCCUCAUCCCCUCAUCCCCUCAUCCCCUAGUUCCCUCAACCUUCCCCCUCCCCCCCACAGCACGCUCAUCAACAACCUUCUAGACUACCUGCGCUCUGAUGCUCUCAUCAACGGCCCUGCUAAGAACCUUCUGGACUAUCUAUGCUCUGAGUCUUCCCUGAACCACACCGUCACGCUCAUCUGCCAAGAACCUUUCGGACUAUCUGCGCUCUUGUUCCAAGAGUCUCAUGCACUUCCUAUCACCUGCUCAUCCUUCUCAACCGCCCCUCCCCUUCACAGCACGCUCAUCAACGGCCCUGCCAAGAACCUUCUGGACUAUCUGCGCUCUCGCCUCCCUGCUGCUUCUGCUGAUGACAACGACUCAGAUACUGUCAGCGCUGCUGCACCUGCUGCAUUGCGUGAUCUGAAUCUAGAAUCACCGCGGGCUGCUGCUGCUGCUGCUGCUGCUCCUGCCGCUGCUGCUGCUGCUGCUGCUGUGACUGCUGCUGAGGCUGACUCGGUGCCACAGAUUUUGCAAUCGAGGCAGAUCGAGGAGAUAAAGAGCGGAUUAGGAGACAGGGUGGAGAGAGCAGGAGGAGUGGAGGGAGGGGUGGAGGGGGAGGGAGGUGCGGUGGCGGCUGCAGAAGCAGCAGUGGCAGAGCCAUGGCUGAGGGAGUGCUUUGAGGGAGGGCUGACGAUCCCUCGCCCCUCCUUCCCCUCCUGCCCCUCCUCUUCCCCUCCUGCCCCUCCUCUUCCUCUCCUGCCCCUCCCAUCCCCUCCCUCCCCUCCCUCCCCUCCCAUCCCCUCCUUCCCCUCCCUCCCCUCCCAUCCCCUCCUUCCCCUCCCUCCCCUCCCUUGCCCCUUCCCCUCCCUCCCCUCCCAUCCCUUCCUUCCCUUCCCAUACCCUCCUUCCCUUCCUUCCCCUCCUUCCCCUCCUUUCCCUCCUUUCCCUUCUUCCCCUUCUGCCCGUCCUUCCCCUCCUUUCCCUCGUCUCCCCCCUUCCCUUCCCAUCCCCACCUUCCCCUCCUUCCCUUCCGCACAGACACUCCAGCUGUCAAAGAAGAGCCUAGAAGAGCUGCCACUUGGCAUCACGGCAUUGGCUGCGGGUGACAUCCCACUGACGUCCAUCAACGCCUCUCACAACUCUCUCACCUCGUUGCCCUCCUUCCUCUCAACCUGCACCUCCCUCGCGGAGCUAGAUCUUUCAACCAAUAAGAUUGCAGCCUGGCCUUCCAUCGCUCUGCGUUCUCUCCCAUUGCUCCGCACGCUCUCCCUCGCAAACAACCCCCUGGGGCAGCUGCCCCUGACAGCACUACAGGACAUCCCCUCGUUACAAUGCUUGAAUCUCUCCUGCUGCUGCCCGCCCUCCUCCCCCCCACUGCUCGCCCCCUCCGUCUCCCUGGCCGCCCUGGCCGCCCUUCCGCGCCUCGCUGAGCUGCACCUCAGGUAG